AUAGGCUUGUCCAUGUUCUAGUCAAGAUAUUUGUUUUUGAUGCAAAUUGUUUUUGCCUGAGCAUGGCCAGAAAAUUCCAAUCCUUUGGACUAUGGUUUUAUCUUUCGCACGUCAAUUUUCCUCAUUAACUAUUGGGUGGAUGCCAUGAAAUUUAUCAACGACAUUCAUGUUUCCUUCAAGGUAAAUUGUGAAUUUCCAUCAUUUGUCCAGUACUUGGGUUAAUGACGAGCUAAACCCCUACAAAAACUUUUCAUUACCAUGAGCUUGCUUGCCAGCAUUACCAUUUUUGCACAAUUUACAUAGACACCAUUGUGUCCAUAAGUACAGUGACAAAGAGCAUCUAGCAUGACUGUAGACUUUGUCUUAUCAAAUAACAGUGACUGGGAUUUUUACAGAAUUUCUAAAAUAAGUGUGUUCCAUUGUGAAAGAAUUGAAGAGAUGCCAAGUGAGGAACGUGUUGAUCAGUUCUCAGUUCCAAGUAAAGUUAAAUAUUAAAUCCAUGAUGGAUUUAUAGUCCUUAGAUGUGGAGUGAUGAUCAUGUACAGAUUUAUAAGCACAUGUAUUUCACAAGAAUGAACUGACUCAAGGCAACUCUUCACUUUCUCAAGCUCAUUAAAAGUUGAACCUUGCUGAUAAGAUUGAACGAGUGUUGGUCAUGAAACGAGCUGACUAACACAAUGAGGUGGGAACCACACAGAGGUGAGUGACCACAGUGUCGUUCACCUCUUCAGGACCGGAAACAGAUAAAAGCUGAAUGAGGGUCAACACUCAUGCUUUGCAUCGGGAAAAGUAAAUCCAUUUAGGCUUUACAUGUUAGGACUGGGAGAAAGAAAACUAUCAAUAAUCUAUCCAAUACAAUUUUAAUCACUAGCAAUAUAAUAAGGAGUUCAAUAUAUAUCGAUAUAAUACCUAUGCAUCAUGGCAGAGUAAAAAGUUACAACACAUAAUCGAUCAUCUUCAGAGUUAAAGAACCACAGCCUUUAAUCAGGAGCAAAAAUCUGACUUUAACCCGUAAAUAAAUAAUAAUGUGACAUUCAUUUUGAUAAUAGUCAUGAUCGGCUCUCAUUAACUAUUUAAAUGUUUUGCCAUUAGGCUCUAUCUACUUUGGAUGUAAAAUUUAGGUAAAAAACAUUUGAUCCGACAAUAAUAAACGCAACCAGUCUCCUAUAAUGUCUUUUUCUUUGCCUCUUUGUCAAACUUGCCGACAUGUUGUGAUAAUUUGUUUAGAGAAGAUACAUUUUCCUAUAUCAUUGGAUUAAAAUGGUUAUUUCUACUGAAAUAAACAGGUUUCCUUUCUCUUUCGGUCAAAACUGAAGACAACAAAACCUCCAACCUUAGCUUGCAUAAGAGUGCUGGCGCAGCACACUGUUUUUAAUAAUUAAUUCUGCCUCAGUCAUUAGUAAUAUCCUGAGCCUUUGAACUGUGGGACACAAAACGACAAAAUAUCAACCAACACAAACAAAAUCAUUUCAUCUAAUUAAACAGAGAAGUACUUCAUAUGCACUCAAGGCACUUAUCAUUUUUUUUUAUCUUUAUCUAUUUAUAAGCUUUCAUUUUUAGUGGAAGGAAUAUAAUACGCCUUGUCAAAGUUCAUGCAUGUUGACGCGCACAAUGAGUUUUAUUGACCUCGGAGUGAUUUUAAUAGCUGUGACUGUCGUCUGUGAAUGAAUGAGUGACAGUUAAAUAUAUAUGAGGAGUUCUCAUAAACGUUUAAGCUCUGAACCUGUCCUUCUUACUCCAUUCCUUAAAAGUUACUUAAGGGCUAAAGUACACUCGCCGUCUGCUGCAAAUCUCUGCUGGACACAGCAAUGUAAAGAGGAAACACGUUUACCUUGUUUUGUUUUAACUACUACAACCCACUACUUUUUUGUAGUAAGUGGGUGAUUCGAUUUUUCUAGACCCUUUGUUUUUAAACUUUAGUCUUUUGGAGAAUUCGCACCUGCAUACCAUGGAGGAAGCUCUCAACCGCACCAUUGACCCAGCAUGUUUACAAGAGCCUCCGCAGGCGAUCGACGUGAUAAACCAGCUCGAUAAAUUUGGAUUUUGUCUGUACGGCAUCCUCACCCUCAUGUCCUGCAUCUCCCUGCUGCUGUACCUGGAGCAGUGCGUCUAUAUUUAUAAAGAACUGCCCUACCCCAAGAAGACAACCAUCAUCUGGAUAAAUGGUGCAGCACCAGUCAUCGCUACCAUGGCUUGUUUCGGGAUGUGGAUCCCCAGGGCAGUUAUGUUCACAGACAUGACGUCAAACUGUUAUUUUGCAGUGGUCGUGUACAAAGUCUUGGUGCUGAUGAUCGAGGAGUACGGCGGCACUGAUCUUUUUCUGAAGAGGUUUUCUGGUGAAACCUUCAAGAUCAGCGUGGGACCCUGCUGCUGCUGCUGUCUCUGUUUACCCCGUGUACCCAUGUCACGGCGAAUGUUAUUCCUGCUGAAGGUGGCUGCUCUUCAGUAUGCAAUCCUAAAGACAGUGCUCUCUGUCCUCUCCAUAAUACUGUGGACAAACGGCAACUUUGACCUCUCUGAUCUGGAGAUCACAGGCACAGCUAUCUGGAUCAACCCGUUCAUUGGCGUUCUCACAAUAACGUCCCUCUGGCCUGUUGGCAUCAUCUUCAUGAACACUAACAGUAAUCUACGCAAAAUCAAAAUCAUACCCAAGUAUGCCAUGUACCAACUAAUACUUGUGUUGAGUCAGCUGCAGACGUCAAUCAUUAACAUCCUGGCCUUGAAUGGAACCAUCCCGUGUUCCCCUCCCUUCUCUUCUACGGCUUGGGGAUCCAUGCUGAGUCAGCAGAUCAUGAUCAUGGAGAUGUUCAUAAUCACUUUGGUCACUCGGUGUUUGUACCGUCGCACAUAUGACACACUUCCCACUGAGGCGCAUGACGACGACCACAAGGAAAUGAAGCUCGUGGAGCAUGAUGUCUAAGAAAGGACACGGAUUUUAGU